UAACAAAGAGAUGAUGAUACAUAUGCGGUAACUUAGUUACCAGACCAACGCCUCUGCGAGAGAGAUAUCGUUAAAGAGAUUCAAAUUCUGAUUUUCGCCUCUUAUGAUCUCUUCAGAUUCGGUUCUAGUUUCAGUCACCGAUCGUUCUUGCUGGAAUCCACAUCAUGACCGUAGACGAACCGCAGAUUGUGGCUAUUAGUAUCACCCACAAACAGCAAGUGGGUUACCUGAAGGAGCAGCCCACAUGGAUUCAUUGUCCUUCGUGUGAAAAGUCUGGUACCAGUGUGGUACAGCUGGAGGUUGUUACUUGCCUGCAGAGGUUUCUGGUAUUCACAAAACUUUGUAAAAAAUGGCCCGGCAGGCAGGACAUCAAUCACUAUUGUUCACAUUGUGGUUGCUUCAUUGGGAGAUUUGUGGACAUCAGCUGCAUGGAAAGGUGUCUUUCGAGAUCCGCCCGUAAACAGGCGGCUGUGGAUGAUAUGACCCUGAAAACACGUCCCAAGGAUUGCGCUGAACGGGCUCAGAAGUCCAGGGAGAAGGUGCUGGCCAACAGGGAGAAGAAAAGGGCAGAAAAAGCAGCCAAGGAACUGGACAAGUCCCGAACACAAAUUGCAGUUCACCAAUGAUCAAAAGCUUUUCGUAUUUACUUGGUAUUUACUGUAUAUAACAAGCAAAAAUUAAAAAAUUAAAAUCUCGAAUGGUUCCAUCAAGAAUAGAACCACUAAGUUGUUAA